GGGUGAGCUUGUGAUCAAAGAAAGGCAUACACUGGCUGUUCUCAGCCGAACAACGGUAUACACGGAAGGUGGCGUUCGGGAAAAAGACAAGUCCAUGACCCCACCUUGCUAAGUUGUACGUACGUCCAUACCAAGAAAUUAACUAGACUAGGAAACUUCAAGAACUAGUAAGGGCCCCAUUUGAGUAUUCGAAAGUCCAACCUCCGAGAGGAGGCGUCGAAAGCGGGAAAUUACCGGAGAUUAACGUGGACUCCGGUCCGGGGGGCAGCCGAACAAUAGCACAGAAGUUCUGGUAUAAAAGGGCGGGAGUUUGGCGACACACAAAACAAGAGCACCUACGCCUGCACUGCAUCCAAUCUGAAGUAUAGACACGGCCGGUUUUUCCCUUCUUACUAUACAUCUUCCCGGGUCAAGAUGCGCCCCACACUUUUUACUGGUGUUGCCAGCGUCCUUUGGACUGGGUCGCUUAUUUUUGCGAGCCCAUCAUCAAAGAAUGUUGAUUUGGCAUCAUUCAUAUCAAAAGAAGGUCAAAGAUCGAUCCUGGGGAUUACCGAGAAUCUUGGUGGCAAAGGUAGCAAGACACCGGGCACGGCAGCUGGUUUGUUCAUUGCUAGCCCGAACAUGGCGAACCCGAACUAUUAUUACACGUGGACUCGUGAUUCAGCACUCACAAUUAAGUGCUUGAUCGACCUGUUUGAAAGUUCUGGCGGUGGAUUUUCAACCAGUAGCAAAGAAUUGGAAACCGAUAUUCGGAAUUAUGUCUCGGCACAGGCAGUGCUACAGAAUGUGUCCAAUCCAUCCGGAACUCUGCAAGAUGGUUCUGGACUUGGUGAGCCCAAGUUCGAGGUUGACCUGAACCCAUUCUCCGGUUCCUGGGGUCGGCCUCAGCGUGAUGGACCCGCCCUGCGAGCGACCGCCAUGAUCACAUACGCAGACUGGUUGAUUUCUCACGGUCAAAAGUCUGAAGCCGCAAGUAUCAUGUGGCCUAUCAUUGCAAAUGACUUGGCCUACGUGGGCCAGUACUGGAACAACACCGGUUUCGACCUUUGGGAAGAGGUAGAUGGAUCGUCCUUCUUUACCUUGGCAGUUCAACAUCGUGCACUGGUUCAGGGAUCAAGUCUCGCGCAGAAACUUGGCAAAUCAUGCCCUGCUUGUAAAUCCCAGGCACCCCAGAUUCUUUGUUUCUUGCAGAGCUUUUGGAAUGGAAACUACAUCACUGCCAACAUCAACCUCGAUACCAGCCGCUCCGGUAUCGAUUUGAACUCGAUCUUGGGGAGCAUUCACACCUUUGACCCGGAAGCUGCAUGUGAUGAUUCGACCUUCCAGCCUUGCUCAGCUAGGGCCCUCGCAAACCACAAGGUUUACGUUGACUCGUUCCGUUCAAUCUACACGAUCAAUGCCGGCAUUGGAAAGGGUUCAGCCGCCAAUGUCGGUAGGUACCCCGAGGAUGUUUACCAGGGGGGCAAUCCAUGGUAUCUCGCCACUCUAGCAGCAGCUGAAAUGUUGUACGAUGCCCUGUACCAAUGGAACAAGAUCGGCAAGCUCGACGUCACCGAUACCUCCCUAGCAUUCUUUAAAGAUUUCGAUGCCUCUGUGAGAAAAGGCUCCUAUUCGGCGCACAGCUCAACCUACAAGACUCUCACCUCCGCCAUUCGAACCUAUGCGGACGGCUUCUUGACUCUUGUUCAAGAAUACACUCCCUCCAAUGGAUCCCUGGCCGAGCAAUACAACCGGAAUACCAGUGUUCCACUCUCAGCUAACGACCUAACAUGGUCUUACGCGUCCUUUGUCACAGCCGUCCAGCGUCGCUCCUCCAUCGUGCCCGCCUCAUGGGGCGAGAAAUCCGCAAAUGUCGUCCCUACCACCUGCUCUGCAUCUCCCGUCACAGGAACUUACCAGGCCGUCUCUUCGGCAUUCCCAACGAGCACUGGAUGCGUCCCCGCCACUGACGUUGUACCAAUCACAUUCUAUUUGAUUGAAAACACUUUCUAUGGCGAGAAUGUCUUCAUGACUGGCAAUAUCAGUGCGCUCGGCAACUGGGACACGAGCAAUGGGUUCCCACUCACUGCGAACCUGUACACUGAAACCAACAAUCUGUGGUUUGCCAGCGUUGAACUUGUUGCGGCGGGCACUCCCUUUGAAUACAAGUACUACAAGGUGGAGCCCAAUGGCACCGUUAUUUGGGAAAAUGGUGACAACAGAGUUUACGUUGCCCCUACUGGCUGUCCAAUUCAGCCUAACCAACAUGAUGUAUGGCGGUCAUGAUUGAUGUCUCGUUUGUGAGGGCUUUAGAGUGUUAUAUAGUUCAAGCACAAAGCAAAGAAUCUGGA